AGUCUCUGCAAUCUCUCACUCGUACAACUCGAGUUUACUCUCUCUCUCUAAAAUAUUCAAAUCGACCGAAGAACUUCUUUAAAAUCUUCUCGCAGACUCAGAUGUAUUGAGCUUGGAAUCUAAUAUAGACAUGGUGAUCAUAUGAUGCAGGCAGUAAAUUGAGAAUUUUGUUUCUGGUGCAAAAUGGCUUCAAAUGUUACAGUACAAUGUCCAACGCCCAUGAAGGCUACUUCUAAUGGUGUCUUCCAGGGCGAUGACCCCCUUAACUUUGCACUUCCGCUUGCGAUUUUACAGAUAUGCCUAGUGGUUGUUGUCACCCGAGCGCUUGCUUUUCUUCUAAGGCCUUUAAGACAGCCUCGCGUUAUUGCUGAGAUUAUUGGCGGAAUUUUGCUAGGUCCAUCAGCUCUGGGUCGCAACCAAGCUUAUCUGCAUAAAGUUUUUCCACCGAAGAGCUACACGGUACUAGAUACCCUAGCCAAUCUUGGUCUCCUCUUCUUCAUGUUCCUUGUAGGUUUAGAGUUAGACCCAAGGUCCCUUCGUCGAACUGGAAAGAAAGCAUUGAGCAUUGCCUGUGCCGGAAUUAGCCUUCCUUUCGCUCUAGGAAUCGGGGCAUCUUUUGUCCUCCGAGGAACUAUUUCCAAAGGCGUAAAUGAAGCCCCAUUUCUCGUAUUCAUGGGGGUUGCCCUAUCUAUCACUGCCUUUCCUGUUUUGGCUCGUAUCCUUGCUGAACUCAAGCUUUUAACUACUGAUGUUGGUAGAAUGGCCAUGUCUGCUGCAGCGGUCAAUGACGUGGCUGCUUGGAUUCUACUUGCUCUCGCAAUUGCCCUCUCCAGCACUGGUCACUCUCCUCUAAUUUCGUUGUGGGUUUUUUUGUGCGGUUGCGCAUUUGUCGUUUGUUGUAUAUUCAUUGUCCCAUGGGUAUUCAAAUGGAUGGCACAACGUUGCCCCGAGGGUGAACCAAUGGAUGAAAUGUACGUGUGUGCGACUCUAGCCACUGUUUUGGCAGCAGGUUUUGUCACUGAUUCAAUUGGAAUUCAUGCCCUCUUUGGUGCUUUUGUGAUUGGAGUUUUAGUCCCAAAGGACGGACCAUUUGCAGGUGUUCUUGUGGAAAAGGUUGAGGAUCUUGUAUCCGGCCUACUCCUUCCUCUCUACUUCGUGUCAAGUGGAUUGAAGACCAAUGUAGCCACCAUUCAAGGGGCUCAGUCAUGGGGUCUUCUCGCUUUAGUCAUAUGCACAGCCUGUUUUGGGAAAAUUGUAGGCACUAUUGCAAUCUCUCUUAUGUGCAGAGUGCCUUUCCAGGAGGCUGUGGCUCUCGGGUUCUUGAUGAACACUAAAGGCCUAGUCGAGCUCAUUGUCCUCAACAUUGGGAAAGACAGAGGGGUGUUGAACGAUCAAACAUUUGCCAUUAUGGUUCUGAUGGCUCUCUUCACAACCUUCAUCACAACACCAUUAGUUAUGGCUGUGUAUAAGCCCGCGAAAAGGAUGGGAAAAGCUGAGUACAAGCACAGGACAGUUCAGAGGAAAUACCCAAAUACUCAACUCCGAAUACUGGCCUGUUUCCACAGCGCAGGGAAUCUCCCAACCUUGAUUAAUCUCAUCGAGGGGUCUCGUGGGACCGAGAAAAAGGAAGGACUAUGUGUGUAUGCAAUGCACCUCAUGGAGCUCUCUGAGAGAUCAUCUGCUAUUCUAAUGGUCCACAAGGUAAGAAAGAAUGGACUGCCCUUUUGGAACAAGGGACAGCAAUCUGGUACCAACCAAACUGUCGUUGCUUUCGAGGCUUUUAGGCAGCUGAGCCGUGUUUCUGUUCGACCCAUGACAGCAAUCUCACCAAUGAACAGCAUGCACGAGGACAUAUGUGCUAGUGCAAAUAGCAAAAGGGCAGCCAUUAUAAUUCUCCCAUUUCACAAACAUCAAAGGCUGGAUGGGCAGUUGGAGACAACUAGGACCGAUUUUCGUCAUGUCAAUCGCCGCGUUCUUGUGCACGCUCCAUGUUCAGUUGGCAUAUUAGUAGAUCGCGGGCUUGGUGGAAGGACUCAAAUAUCUGCAAGUAAUUUUGAUUCCUCAAUAACAGUCUUAUUCUUCGGAGGCAAUGAUGAUCGUGAAGCUCUUGCUUAUGGUGCUAGAAUGGCUGAGCACCCUGGCAUUAAUCUUCGGGUUAUUCGAUUCUCAGUAGACCCCAAAGUUAUUGGAGAGAUUGUGAGGAUUGACAUGGAUGACAACAAUGCCAUUGAAGCAAGGUCAGAAGAUGAUGAAUUUAUUUCUGAAUUUAAGCAAAAAGUAUCAAAGGACGGUUCAAUCAAGUAUGAAGAGAGGAUUGUGAGUAGUGCUGCAGAAACAGUUGAAAUCAUUCGUGAGAAUUGUCGUUGUAGUCUGAUUUUGGUUGGACGAAUGCCGGAGGGUCAAUUAGUUUCAACUUUGACUGGGAGGAGUGAAUGCCCCGAGUUGGGACCAGUAGGUAGCUUGUUGAUUUCGCCGGAUUUGUCCAUAACAGCAUCAGUGUUGGUGGUGCAACAAUACCAUAGCCAGUUGUCCCUGCCUUCAUUGGCUUCGCUGAAGGAGGAAGAAGAAGAAGAGUUGCCCGAGAGAGAUUCUGAUACAAAUUGAUUUGCUUUUGAUUGCUGGGAUAUUUGUUUUUUACAUGUGAAUUUUUUUUUUUCCAAUUUCAAAUUAUUGAUUCUCUCUCUAAGAUCUUGCGCAACACGGGUUUUAUGCUAGAAGCAUGUUUUAUAUAUACAAGGGGGAGUUUCAGUUAUUCAAUAUAGCGUCGUUUAUUUUCUUUUCUUUAUCAUGUCAUCAUAUAUGCAUUGUGUUGUGUUUCUUUUUGGAUUCGCAAAUAUUUGAUAGAAUAGAAGUUGGUGAUUUGUUCGGAUAA